ACACACACACACACACACACACACACACACAGCUUACCUGUACAGCAGCAUUCCUCUCAUUCUCCUGUGGGUAGUCAUUAUCAACCAUCUAGUCCUAGACGGCUGACAUCCUCAGUGUGUGUGUGUGUCAUGUCUCCUUCUCACUACCAUUACCUCAUCAAAACAUUUUUACUACGCAUUUAUUACAUCAUCAACAGUUAGUUGAAUUCACCCUCGCUGCUCUAACUCUAUAUAGCUGUCCUGCUGAGAUAUCAACAGAUGAUUUGUGACAUUGGACUAAAAGCUACGUGAGUUUAGUUAUACUGUGGUUACUCAGGUAGUAUUUGAUCCGUCUCCAUGUUAGUCCCUCUCCUCUCUCUCAUGCUAUGUGUUGUUCCUGCAGGGGGCCGUUUUAAGAAGGAGAUAGUGGUGGACGGACAGAGCAACCUACUGCUCAUCAGAGAUGAAGGGGGCCCCCCAGAGGCUCAGUUUGCCCUGUGGGUGGAUGCAGUGAUAUUUGUGUUCAGUCUGGAGGAUGAGAUCAGUUUCCAGACAGUCUACCAUUACUACAGCCGCAUGGCUAACUACCGAAACACUGCUGAGGUACCUCUGGUGUUGGUGGGGACGCAAGAUGCUAUCAGCUCAGCCAAUCCCCGGGUCAUCGAUGACACGCGAGCACGCAAGCUGUCCAAUGACCUGAAGCGCUGCACCUACUAUGAGACGUGUGCCACCUACGGCCUCAAUGUGGAACGGGUCUUCCAGGACGUGGCCCAGAAGAUCGUGGCGACCAGGAAGAAGCAGCAGCUGUCCAUUGGUCCGUGCAAGUCCCUCCCCAACUCCCCUAGCCACUCCUCUGUGUGUUCUGCACAGGUGGCAGCAGCAGUUCACAUCACCCAGCAGACCAGUAAUGGCGGCAGCCUGAGUGACUACUCCUCGUCAGUCCCCUCCACCCCCAGCACCAGUCAGAAGGAGCUACGCAUCGACGUCCCCCAGACCACCAACACUCCCACGCCCGUCCGCAAGCAGUCCAAACGCCGCUCCAACCUCUUCACUUCUCGGAAGGCCAGCGAGCCAGACAGGGACAAGAAAGGACUGGAGGGCCGAGCGGACAGCAUUGGAAGCGGCCGUGCUAUUCCAAUUAAGCAGGGCAUGCUUCUGAAGAGGAGUGGUAAGACCCUAAACAAGGAGUGGAAAAAGAAGUAUGUGACGUUGUGUGACAAUGGCCUGCUCACAUAUCACCCCAGCCUGCACGACUACAUGCAGAACGUCCAUGGGAAGGAGAUAGAUCUGUUGAGGACCACAGUGAAGGUCCCAGGGAAGAGGCCUCCCCGAGCGGUGUCUACCUGUGUCGCUGUCCCCAGCCCGAAGACAAACGGCCUGGCCAAGGACAUGAGCAGUCUGCAGCUGGGACCUGGUGGCCCUGGCUCUGUGACCAGUAGUUUGUCAGCCUCUCAGAUGGCCAGUGGGAUCAGCUUGGUGUCCUUUAACAGUCGUGGGGACGGCAUGCACCAGAGAUCCUACUCAGUCUCCUCCGCCGACCAAUGGAGCGAGGCCACCGUCAUCGCCAACUCAGGAGUCAGCACAGACACGGGUCUGGGAGAGUCUGUGUGCUCCAGCCCCUCCAUCUCCAACACCACCAGCCCUAAGAUGGACCCGCCCCCCUCGCCGCACGCCAACCGCAAGAAGCACCGCCGGAAGAAGAGCACCAGCAACUUCAAAGCCGACGGCCUCUCUGGUACUGGGGAAGAACAAGAGGAGAACUUUGAGUUGACCAUUGUAUCUUUGACGGGCCAGACGUGGCACUUUGAGGCCACCUCGUACGAGGAGAGAGACGCCUGGGUCCAGGCCAUCGAGAGCCAAAUCCUAGCCAGCCUGCAGUCCUGUGAGAGCAGCAAGGCCAAGCGUAGUGGACCAGGCCAGCCUCAUCUGAGCCAGCCAGCCCUCUGCUCUGUUGACGCCCCAGACCCCGACUGGGCCAGUCUCAACCUGGGAGCGUUGAUCUGUAUCGAGUGUUCAGGGAUCCACAGGAACCUGGGGACCCACCUAUCUCGUGUUCGGUCCCUGGACCUGGAUGAGUGGCCCCUGGAGCUCCUCAAGGUCAUGACCUCUAUAGGCAAUGAGCUGGCCAAUGACGUGUGGGAGGGCAAUGCACAGGGACGCCUCAAACCAGCACCCGACGCCACCAGGGAGGAGCGUGAGCGUUGGAUCCGGGCUAAGUACGAGCAGCGGUUGUUCCUGGCGUCGCUCUCGGGGGUGGACCUAUCCCUGGGCCAGCAGCUGCUGAGGGCCACGGCCGAGGAGGACCUGCGCUGCGUCAUCCUGCUUCUGGCUCACGGCUCCCGGGAGCAAGUCAACGAGACGUGUGGAGAGGGAGACGGACGCACCGCCCUUCACCUGGCGUGCCGCAAGGGCAACGUGGUCAUCACACAGCUCCUCAUCUGGUACGGGGUGGAUCUGAUGGCGAGGGACGCCCACGGUAACAGCGCGCUGGCGUACGCACGGCAGGCCAGCAGCCAGGAGUGUGUUGACACGCUGCUGCAGUACGGCUGUCCCGAUGAACGCUACCCACUUAUGGCCACGCCCAACCUGUCCCGACGCAACACCAACCGCAACAACAGCUGCAGCAGCACGGGCAGCACCGCACUCAUAUAAACACUACCGCCCCCUUCAGGAGGCCUCUGGGUACUGCGGCUCGCAGGAUAUUAACAGGCUAAACACACAUUGUGACAUUAUAUGCAUAUUACACACUCAAAAUCCUGACUGAAAAAAAAACUGUGACAUUUUUGGAAGUGAGGGGCUUGGAGAGAGUCUGAAUUGGGAGAAAAUGACUGAACUCUUUUGGGAACCACUACUUCUGCACUCCUUGUCUUAGAGCCCUCGUUGACCUCUUACCCUCUCCACUCUGACACUAAUCUCACACAGAAGACACUAGCACUCCUGUUGCCGUUGAUGAAGCCCUCUGUCCUUUUGGCUCUCUGCCCCACAUCAUGAUGACCCCCCCCACCGCGCUUCGGUCCAAUUGUCAAUUUCCUCACAAGGCCUUCCCCUGUAAAAGCAUGGGGGCAGGAGGUGGCUUGGCGUUACUUCCGGGUGGAGUCAGGUCACCGGCUUCCCCCAAUGCUAUCUACCUGGCUGCAUGUGGCCCUAAGCAUGAUGGGACAUGGGGAGGAGGCGGCCAAAAUCACAUGAAAAGCAGCGAAUCCCCCUUCUCAUAUACCCUCUAACUCUGAUCUGCAAUCUGCUCCCAGCUUCAACCCAGGCCACACACACACUAUAUCACUACUAUGUCACUGCUUUCUCAGCUGUACAGAAACAGAGGCCUGCGGGUUUGGAAAGACAUUGAAUGUUUGAAGAAGGCCUCUGUAGCAUGUUGGGGAAGGGGGGGUUGCUUUUCACUUAAGUUAUGGGAGCUCUACCUUAUAACAUGAGAACUACAAAGAACACUGAUCAACUGAACAGAACUCCUCUUCUACUCUGGUUCUUCUUUAGUUCUCCACAUAAUCAGUGUUUCCCCUCUCUUCUCUAGAGUAAAUUAUGUGAUCUCUCUCCUGUGGAUGUUUUUUUUUUAAUGUGGAACAAAAAUAUCUUAUUGUAUAAACAGUUUAAGAAAGUGAGAGAGAAAAAAUUCUAAAUAUCCGAUAUUCCUUGGAAGUAAAACAGAAAGUGUGAUAGCAUGUCAGACACUUUCUCUUUUGAAUUAAAACAAAAAGAUUGUUCAUCACGUCCACAUUGUGUAUAUCUCAUUGUGAAUUGCUGGACCAAUGAGUCAGUUCUACAGAGAAGUGACUUUGUGAUUUCUAUUAGAAGCCACUUGCGAGGUGUAAAAGACGUGUAUGUAUUUCCAGGCUCAGGGACCAGAGACGGUCAAUUCUAUCUUGAAACCCCCACAAUUCCACUCGCCUCAACAACAGUCUUAGAUUUACAUUUCAUCCGUUCAGAGGAACAGUCCACCUCCAGAAUGUAUAGGAAGCAUCAUGAGGCUCAGUAUCAGACCAUCAGCCUUCUUCAGGAUCAUCGUACGGUUGGUCCACCACAUGGAGACCAGGGGAAAGUGUUUUCUGUUUAGUGUUUUAUCCUUCUGCAUAUUAUUCUGCCUUUUCUUUACUGUUAUCAGGUCAUCAAAUACACUGUUUCUGCUGUUUCAGCUGGAAACGCAUCGUGAUAAUGUCUUGUUGCAUAGUGAUCGGCAGAGGAUGGGAGGAAAUGGAUAGGCAGGACUCUGUCAUCUUCCUGUUGAUUACUUAGGUGUGGUGCAGGUAUCAGUUGUCAGGUCCAUACUCCCAUUCACUAACACUGAUCUACAACUGAUCCAGGAACAGCAUCCACGGUGUAAAUGUAGCACUAUUUAUACUAGAUGGGCUCAUCAGUGUUCAAUCUAUUUAAUUUAAUCUAAGAAGACGUUUGUCUGACAGUUCAAUCCAUGAUGGGCUGUCAGCUUUUGAAGAAUAUCUACGAUCUGAUGGAUACUGUUUCUUCAUAGAAUUAGACUGUUCUGAUUCGGAGAAGAGUUCCUAAUUUGUGCCCCCUCUGAGUUCUCCCCUUCUCAAGUUGACUGACAUCAUAUAUGACGUCAUAGGUCAGGAUAGACUCUAGGCCGCCUCCCAUCAGGUCUUCUGAGGUACUCGGCAUGCGUUUCCUCCAUCCUCUAUCUGUCAUUGGAUAGCCAUGUCUGUUGCUCCCCAACCAAUCAUACAGUCUCUGCCUCUAGAAUCUCUUCGUCUGCGUCCUGAAUGGCACCCUAUUCCCUUGAACCGUGCACUACUUUUGACCCACGCCCAUAGGAUUCUGGUUAAAAGCAGUUCACUAUGUAGGGAAUAGGCAGCCAUUUGGGAUGCAUCCUUUCUGCUCAGUGACUCGAUAGGAAGGGCUUCUCUGCGUCUGGAAUCCUACUGUGUGUAAAUAAUAUUUGACUUCUCUCUCUUCCUCUAUCGCUUUUCUUUCUCUCUUUUUGAAAAGCUCUUUUGGUGGUGAUAUCAUGAUUUAUCUGAAGGAAGUAGGAAGUUCUUUACUCUGAGAGCGUCGUGUUCUCUGCGGUUUGAGUGGAGGUUUGCCGAUGCCCAUGUGGUGUUUUUAUUGGGAGAAAUAAGCCAGUGAUGGGUUGACUGAACGUUACUGGAAUGUUUAGCAUCAGGGGCUUUCCUUUCCUCCUGUCCCUCUUCCUGUUGCCAACGUCUCUGCUCUGCACAAGUCCCUCAGCCUUUGCCUGUUCUUAAACCUUACUGUGUGUGUGUCCUCGUGUGUGAUAAGAGUCUUUCUCCCCCCAAACCAUUCCUAAGCGUCAAAUGCUCCCGUAUUUAUGAUUGCUUUUGCCCUUGAUGUUACCUUGUGUGUGUGUGUGUGUGUGUGUGUGUGUGUGUGUGUGUGUGUGUGUGUGUGUGUGUGUGUGUGUAUAUA